GUGAAAUCUGUACAUUGUGUGAUAUCAAUAAAAUUUGUGGAGUUAGAAACAAUUGAAGGGCUCACCAGAAGGUGGAGAGUAUCUCAGAUGAGGACUUGAAGAAAAUCAUCAAGGAGAUGGUUAAAAAAGCUCUGAAUGACAAUGAUCACCUAGUGAAGCUCCACAAGAGAGUCUGCGAGGAGUGGUCGUCCUAUCUGAACACGGAGCCCCAAAAAACUUCACUGGAGGCACCUCCACCGGAGAAUAAAUCCCCAAUGACGAUGAACGUCCGCAAAAAAAUUGAAAAACCUCAAGUAAAAAGUAAAACAUCUUCCAGUUCCUCGAAGACCACCCGGAAAGUCACCCGAAAGGAUCACGAAAAUCGACAAAAGGCUCAUAAACAACCUCGUCCUGAACCGGAAGACAGCAAAAGGAAGAGGCUAAAAGAGGAUGAGGAGAGUGCACGAUGGAGAAGGGAGAGGGCGUGGGAAUUCUACCAUCAGCAGAAGAGAUUCCAGAAGGGCUGGAAGAUGCGUAAGAACUGGGAAUUGAAUUCCUGGUUGAAUCAGUUGGACUCGGUGCUUCAUCAGAAGUACUUGAGAGAGCACAGGCACCAGGUGCAGUCGUUCUACUGCCAACCGACGUAUUAUGGGACGGAUAUUCCGGACGCUUUACACCAGCAGUCCAUGCAAUACCGAUUGACGAAUCCAAAUUAUUAA